ACGAUACGCGAUAUUCGAUGCGAGUUCCGCCUGCAGGCAAAUUGCAGCCGCAGUCACAGGCUCACUGGCGUCUGGGUGCGUGCGCGGACGAAUACAAAGCAAGAGUUCAUCAACGACGAAGGUGUCAUCGAGUGUAGACGAGUUACUACAGGCCGAUUUCAUACAGCUUCAUUAAUUUCGUGCAUACUGUAGUAACAUAAAUUAUGAAUAGGACCGAUCGUGUGUCAUGGAGAAACGAUGGGUCUGUGAGCCUGCCAUAGCACUGACUGUUUAGACAACAUCGAAGAGGAAAGUUGCAGCAACACGCCUUUAAAGGCCGAACAACGGGCCUAGUGAUUGAUUCCGCGAAGUGCAGUGUCUUUUAAUAAUCGGCUGUUACCGGAUUCGCCAGUGACGAAAACGAUGACAGGCGCAACGACAGUCGUUAGCUGGUAAAAAUACAAAUGCGCAGCAUUUGGUAAAUACAUACUCUUUUACAAGAAGCGCAGCAAUCAGCCGACCUAUACAUUUCGGAAGCGGGGGUCCUGUCAACACCGACCGAGCAAGACGACGAUCACGCAACUCCUCACCCAGUGUGCAUUAGAGAUCUGUGCGAAAGCUAAUGCUGGCAGUAAUUGUGAGCAACGUGAACACAAAAUACCGCGAGAAUUCUCUAGUGGGAGAGCUUCAAAAGGCACGAGCAAUACUGAACUAUUGCGACGCUCUACGGAACGACAAUAGCAGGGACGGAGGAUUAUACAGUAGCCACAGGCAAAUUCGACGACCUCAGACUGGCGAUGCCGGUAGAGCACCCACAUACAAACACAGUGCAUCUACCGGUCGACUGAGCAGACUUUGCGAUAGCAGGUAGCACCGUUAACAGAGGCACGUCCGCUGGCCAUCCGUUGCCUAAGCCAUUAACAACAAACGGUGCAACAAAUACGCCCUGACUCACACGGACGCUCAAGAGGUUUCAUUAGCAGCGCUGAAACAGACCAGUUCCCUAAUUUCCAUUCCGUCCUAUUCUGUUCUAUCAGAGAGCGUCGCUGACUGUGGGAAGAGUGUUUACGGUCACGUCGGUCCUAGUAGUGUUACUAUCGCUGUUGACGCUGACGGCUGGCUAGCUAGCUAGCUAGCUAGCUGAGUUGGUGCGCUCGAUCGAAACGCGAAAGGUGCUCUAUAACGCAGUCGAACAGCAAUGCGCGCUGUAGUCGCUCGAGUAGAAGAAGCUUAGGGAAAAGGAACGAUUGCGGUAGAGCAACGACGGGAGCGGACAAGUCGGCAGUUGGCCGGCUGAUCGGAAACCUCUUUGUCCCAAAAAUAUCCGCAGCCCUAGCGUCUUGGCGACUAACGACCGACACGGUAAAGCCACGCCAGCAACGGCCCAUAGUCGACUGUUGCCGUCCUAGCAGACGGUGCGCGAUAUUAUCCCACCAUUUAGUUCUGGAGAUAGAAAAGAGCUAAGACAGGGAGCGAGAGAAGACCUUAACGUCUUUGUUCUCUAUUCUCUGGACACUGCUAGCUACCCGGUGCUGAUCGACAACCAAUGCUGGUGCUUCUGGUGUUUAUUUAGGUAUCACUGAGCCAGUGUUAGAGAAAAGUGUUGUUUCGGCGAUAUACGCCAGCGCGACGAACGUCUGGAAGCGUGCGGCACUUGCGCGCAUGCUUAAGCCGCCCAAUAGCCAGCGACAGAGCCGAAUAGUAAAGAAGGUAGAAGGAGCGAUCGUGACGCGUUUUAGCUAUUAAAUAUAACAAAGUAGAAUAGGAGAAGUGCUAGAAUAAAGGAGAAAGUGAUCGUGUGCGAGAAACAGGGAGAGCGCGCGUGAAGGGGACGAAUCAGCCAUGUUGUUGUGCUAGUGUCGCGCAUCGUCAAUGUGAAGUAGAGGUGCGCGUAGGCCUGUGCGUCUAUAGACGUACUUCUGCAGAAGAAAAGCAGACGAAUUAGCGUUGACUGGCGGAGUCGAUUGAUUGAUCGAUCGAUCGAUCGAUCGAUUGAUUGAUUCAUUGAUAGACAACGACAAAGUGCGUGCCAAUAAGGAGCCGUUCAUUCAUCCCGCUUUGACGGUCGAACGUAGCUUAGUGUUGCUUAGCGUAUCGCCCGUCACCGUCAUCGUUAUUAUGUUGACACUGUAGAAAGAACCGUUAAGAUGAACAGCAGGGGAGCGAAAUAAUAUUAUUUCCAUCAGAGUUGUUUUGUUAGCACGACACCUAUAGCUGCACUGCUAGUCGUCGGUGAGUGGUGGAAAAACGACGACGACGACGACGACGACGACGUGUGAUAGCGUGCAGUCUUGUUCACCUUACCAACCAAUCACGAUUCCCAUCUUUGUUUGAGAGAUAUCUCGUACACCCGACCGAGACGUCGACGCUAGCAGGACGGACAUCGCCAUUAGCAUCCUGCAAAACAACAGCUCAUCUACCCCUCAACCAAAGAAGAUUGCCGCAGUGAUCAACGCCCGAAAAUGACCAGCCGAUGUCGACCCGCGGCCUAUUUUGUUGGCUGUUUAGUCAUCGUCUGCAUAUGCUUUUACGCUCGGACGGUAGCGACCGCCGAGCCCACAAAACCGACGUUGCCGCAUGGUUGUAAUGAGUCAGUUUGUGGAAGCGUCGUAUCAAAAUGCCUCCUGACCCAAUCGUGUAAAUGUGGGCCAGAUCCUGUACGAAACAACAUCACCUGCGCUAAAGACUGUUUCUACUGCCUCGACUACCUGUACACGGAUUGCUGUUCUUGUGUUGAUGUUUGCCGAAAAGAUAAUAGAGAGUUUUCGCUGAGUCAAAAAUCAAACGUCGAAGAUCUCCCAGACCCGAUUCCGGAGCUAUUCCAGUUGCUCAUGGAAAGUGUCGAUGCGUCACAGGGGCGCUGGACGUCCCUAUCUUUUCCAGCGCAUCACACCGUCAUCGGACUCAACAAGGACAUACACUUUGUCAGCAUCAUCCCGCAUCCAGUUGGCAUAAAUGAUUCGAUCGACUCGACGCCAUCACCGAUCAACAUCAACCCCACGUAUGAUUCGAAUACAAAAGCCGACGACGUCAACUGUACUGUUGCCUUCAUGAAGCCCUGCCUGUCGCUAAACAAAUGUCGCGAAAACUGCAUGAGUCUUGGCGCCACUAGUUACAGAUGGUUUCACGAUGGGUGCUGCGAGUGUGUGGGAAGUACUUGCCUCAACUAUGGUCUUCAUGAAGGCCGCUGUCAACAAUGUCCGCUGAACAACGAGUUCCUGACAGACAAUGAUGACAAUGACGAAGAGACUGUGAUCGAAAAUCCUGACAGCCGGCCGAGUCCACCGGCGUUGAGUCCUUCCGUAGCAAGCUCCCCAGUUCAUGUAGAUGUAAGUGAGGAACCAAACGGCGUCGAACGAACGGAGUCAGCUUUGCCCGUGACAUCAGAAGCUUCACCGGCGAGUUUUGCCACCGUCUCGGAAACAAUUCCAGUUCACCAGAUGUCCGCUUUGCCCAAUGGAAACAGUAGCGGCGCUAACCAAAGCAAAACCGCCGUUCCCGUAGCGUCUAGUGAGCCUUUAGGAAAGCUUCAUAAAGCUGAUGAUAAUAGUCUAGCAGCAUAAGUCGAUUGUGCUCUUUAGCACACAACCUAAAGUUAGGGCGUUUACGUUCUAAUAAAGACGAGGAGCACGUUCUUACGACACUGUUGACAAAAUGUAAGAACACGCCACUCGCUAGAUGAUAAGAAAAACAGUCAAAUUUAAUUUGUAAAUUAGUCUUUAAAAUAGCUCUUUCCCUUUCCCCAUCUCUCUCCCCUCCCCCUCCCCCUCCCUCUCUCUCCCCCUCCCUCUCUUAUAUAUAUUACCCAUAAUAAUUAUGCUUUUCAAAUGAUCGGCGGUGUAGUCAAAACGGCUGACAUCUAAUAAUCAUCGAAGCACACACGCAUAACACAUACACGAUCUGUAAAUAUAAAUGUAUUAGUACAUGAUAUAAAAUAAUAGGCAAGUAUUUAUUAUUUAUAUAAAAAGAAAAUACGAGAAGACAACAAGUGUGAAGAUUAGAGCUAGAGUGACUAGAGAAAGUGGACUCUGACGGUGUAGAAAUGGAGAGACGAAGAAAGACUUAACGAUGCAAAUGCAGAUGCUUAUGUAAGUAGGUCAAGUCGAAGAUAAACAUGGGACAAAAACAGACUUGUUAUAUAACAAACUUGAUGAAAAUAGAAAAUUGCUGCAGAUAAAAGCGUGUCUUCGAACGAAGCGUAGGGCUACGUAUUUGUUCGCUUUGUUUCCAACAUGGACACGCCGAUGGUGCUUAUUGUCGAUCUCCGUUGUCCUUGAGCCUGGCUUUUCGUUUCUACUGGCGGGCAGACACUUGAGCGGAAUCGCUUUUUGUAUCAUAGACAUCAAACGAAUAUACAUAAAUAUAUAUACAAUCGUAUAAUGAACCUUCCAGAUUAUAUAUAAUAGACAAUGUAUCCGUUAAAGUUCUCGUGAAUUACGUUGUUAAAAUAGAUGGUUAAUGUACCGAGCACUUACGCGACUUAGAGUCAACUUUUGAUGGCCGGAUAAACACAAACAGACACACACACAAAUGAACAUACGCAGCCAUACACAAAGAUACAGACUUUGUAUUUAUUUUAGCAUACAUACAUACAUACAUACAUACAUACAGAUAGAAAAAAAAUGGAAUAAAGUACAGCAGACAAUGUUUCAAUGAAGUAGAUCUUCAAGUAUCAAUUCACAAAUGAAAAUCAUAGUAACAAUAUUGUCAGUAGCAGAAUAAGAAAUAGGUGGUGAUGAUGAAUGAAGGUGGUGUAAGUAAAUCGACCAAUGUCUUCGCUUGAAAAGUUUCAACAAAGCCAUAAUCACGAUGUUGAAUAAAUUACUGUUAAUUGUACGUCAAUGUAAUAUUUUAAUAUUAAUUCAUAUGGCUAUUAUCAUUAUUAUUGUAUUAAAAGAAAGAAAAAUACGAAAAA